AUGGGCACUGCAGUGCUCUGGGACGAUACACCACAACCAUGGAGCCCCCUAACCGAUCAUCAGACAUGGCAUGACUGGGCACUUGAUCUCGAUGUCGCGAACAUGCCACGCGGUGCAGACGACUUCCUCGAGCUUGACUUGAGUAAUGACGACGAUGGAGCUCAAUUCCCUACCAGUGCACCGGCGUCACUUGAAGCAGAUAAGAUACCCUACGCUAAUCCUGGCUCAUCACGACAUGACGGCAGCACAACAAACCCACCAGAAGCAGAACUGGUCAAGCUGCCACUCACUGGCCAAUACCCCAAUGUGAUCACGAGCCCCGACAAGAUGAUAUCACAUGAACAGCUUGCUGCAGAAGUCAAAGGCAUCUACGCCGGACUAGUCAUGGUCGAAGCGAAAUGUAUCAAUGUUGAUGCUCGCCAGCAGUCCAGCAAAGAUCCACAACUCGGCGAGCACCAGUGGCAAGCGCUGAUUGCGUUACACACGACAUUGCUUUACGAACAUCAUCACUUUCUUAUGGUUUCACAAAGCGCAGCAGUCAACUGCGGAGUCCGAGAUCUCGCUGCCAAGUACAGCAUGCCAGCAAGAAUGUGGGAGCAUGGAAUUCACGAUUUUCUCGAGUUCUUGUGGAAGCGCAGACCGGAAGAGUCAAGACUACAUGCUUGCCUUCAUUUAUCUAGCUUGCCAAAUGAUGGCCUUACUGCUUGA